CCACAGGGCGGCGAGCAAGAUAAGACUUUCUCUGAGCGAUCCGAGUCGUGCACAGGGCACUGAACUGCAAGGCAAGAGGAUGGCGACAUGGCGAAACCAAGCAGCAAGACUACUGACUUGCCUCUUCGCUGUUUACCGGGAGGUUUUGACGUUCAAAGGAGAAGGAAACUGUAUGAAUUACUCGUGUAUAGGCAGCUACUGCACCUGCAUUGAAUGGACAAUGCCUGGCUGGUCCAUAGGUCUCGUCACGGUCAUUGGGAUCGGCGUGGGUGUGGGCUGCCUGACGGUGCUUUUUAAGUGCUGCUGCGCAAUUUGCAAGGACCCGGAGGAGACUGACCGAGAAGAAGUGGCAAUACACAUGCCCACCUUGCCGCCUGCCUUUGCCCCACCUGUGCCUACAGCUCCUUCACAGCAAGAGAGCAUGGAUCCUCCCCCCUACAGUGAGGUUGCUUGGAAGCUACCCUGUUACCCAACUCCUGAGGGACAGCCACCUGCUUAUGACAACAUAGCUCUGGAUAUCUCCGAGCCUCCUGCAUACAUAACCGAAAGAUGACAGCUGAAGAGCGCCGUGUUUCUGCUGCUAUUACAACCAGAACUGUGAGAAGAACAUAAAAAUAAUAAUAAUGGGUGGAUCGAUCGAGGCUCGCAUUCCCUUCCCAGUCUGCAAGGUGUCCUUAUGAAGCACAAAAGCAGGGAAUAUAGAUGAUGGCCUUUCCCUUCCACGAACAUUUGGUAUUCACAGAUAUACUGCCUCAUGAAGGUUCUAUUAGGCAUUAUGCUGAAUAGUUGUUGACAGAUCUGUGCUUUAUUAUUACUUUGCCUAACCCCUGUUAAAAAUCUCUCCGAGCUUGUGGCCACCUUCGCAUCUUGUGGGACUUACUCCAUGCUUAUCAGUUAUUAACUAAUCAGGCUAGUAUGUGUAUUAUUAUUGCUGUUGUUAUUAUUUAUUGAACUUAUACACAGCCCUAUACCCGGAGGUCUCAGGGCGGUUAUGUGUUGAAGAAGCACCUUCUUUGGUUCACCAGAUACAGAAGAAAGUGUCUCCAUACUUAUUGCCUCCACAAGGGUCUUAAUUCUAAGCUACAAACCUCAGCCACAGUUCCCCCCACUCCUUUUAAUUCUCUCGUCAGCUGAGGAAACCUCCCUGUUGUUUAAAAAAAUAUAUUUAUUGA